GCUUGCUAAUUCCCUGCCAAAACUAUGAGUGGUUUCCUUCCCUCUAAUCUCCCAUCAUGUCGUGGUCGAUUAUUGUCAAUGCCCUCCGUCUCCGUUCUGCCGUCCCUUGAAACACUUUAGUUUUCCAACAGGGAGCGUCGGAUGGAGCGCCCAUUCUGUGUGCAAAGCGACCGGGACUUACGCAAAAGACUAGGCUGCGCACUGGAAAGCGCCCUGAUCCCCUUUCCAUGUGUUUGAAUUAUGGAGCUCGCGAAUAACAACAGUUGACCGUGGCUUUCUUUGUGUUUUGAAUACGCAACAAGGCAUGGCUUUCUUUUUGACUUGGCUUUUGACUUUUCUCCUGUCCUGUGCUGGACAGUGUUGGGCGCUUCAGCAUCCCGAGCCGAGCAUCUAUUUGGAAAAUAUUACGCGAAUUUUGGACAGAUUACUGGAGGGAUAUGACAACAGGCUACGACCCGGAUUUGGAGGUCCCGUAACGGAGGUCAAAACAGACAUCUUUGUCACCAGCUUCGGCCCCGUGUCAGAUGUGGAAAUGGAGUACACCAUGGACGUAUUUUUCCGCCAGACCUGGGUGGACGAGCGCCUGAAGUUCGACGGCCCCAUCGAGAUCCUGCGGCUGAACAACCUGAUGGUCAGCAAGAUCUGGACGCCGGACACGUUCUUCCGCAACGGCAAGCGGUCCAUCUCCCACAACAUGACCACGCCCAACAAGCUGUUCCGCAUCAUGCAAAACGGAACCAUACUCUACACCAUGAGGUUAACGAUCAAUGCUGAGUGCCCAAUGAGGCUCAUCAACUUCCCCAUGGACGGACACUCCUGCCCACUCAAGUUUGGAAGCUAUGCGUACCCCAUCAGUGAGAUCGUGUACACGUGGAAGAAGGGGCCCCUGUUCUCGGUGGAGGUCCCCCAGGAGUCCUCCAGUCUCCUGCAGUACGACCUCAUAGGGCAGACCGUCUCCAGCGAGAGACUCAAGUCUAACACGGGAGAGUAUGUGGUGAUGACGGUGCACUUCCACCUGCAGCGUAAGAUGGGUUUCUUCCUCAUCCAGACCUACAUCCCCUGCAUCAUGACCGUCAUCCUAGCACAGGUCUCCUUCUGGAUCAACAAGGAGUCCGUGCCCGCCAGGACCGUCUUUGGAAUCACCACGGUGCUCACCAUGACUACCCUGAGUAUCAGUGCACGCCACUCGCUGCCAAAGGUGUCGUACGCCACGGCCAUGGACUGGUUCAUCGCCGUCUGCUUCGCCUUCGUCUUCUCCGCCCUGAUCGAGUUCGCCGCCGUCAACUACUUCUCCACGCUGCAGGCCAAUCGCGAGAUGCAGAAGGCCGCCGCGCUACAGGCCGCAGCUCAGGAGGCAAUGAAACAGGCGGCGGCAGCAGCUGCCAACGACGGGCAGAUGAGAUCGCCUCACCUUGAUGCUGCGGCCAUGCUGAAGCGUCGCAUGAACUCCACGGGUCGCCUGGACAUGAUCGGGGUGCCGGUGGGGCACGGCUCUCUGCCCAGAUACUCCGGACCGCCCACUCGGGUGUCGGAUUUCCGGCCGCAGGGUUCGGCCACGCCGGCCAACGAGCAGAUAGGAGGGACCAGCAUCAUCGACAAGUACUCGCGCAUCCUCUUCCCGCUCUCCUUCGGGGCCUUUAACCUGGUCUACUGGAUCGUCUAUCUCACCAAGGACACCAUGGAGUCACGGGAGGUGUGAAUGUCUGGAGGCUCUCUACCA